AUGAUCGUCACCGAGGAGACGACCGCGGUCGUGUUCGACGCCGCGAGCUGGGGCGACGGAUCGUCGACGGCGGAGGCGGAGGACGACGGCGGGACGAUUUCGACGUCGAUUGCGAUUUCGCCGCCGACGACGACGACGAGCCCCGGCGUGGACGACUCGUUCGAAGCGCCGCCGCCGCCCGUCGCGACGACGACGACCACCACCACCACGGAACGUUCGCCGUCGCGCGCCCUCUCGGGCCUCGUGACGAACCUCACGCUGUGGCGGCAGUCCGCGUCCAGCGCGGGCACGCUCGCCGGGAGCGCCCCCGUCGCCGCCGUGCUCGUCGCGUCCGGCGCGUUGCGUCUCGACAGCGUCAACGUCGUCAGCGCGGGCGAGGGCGUCGUCGCGCAGCCUCGCGCGCGCGCCGUCCUCCACGCGUGCGAUAUAUCCGCGGUGUUAUCCGGCUUCGUGUCGACGCGGGGGACGCUGAGCGCGUGCGUGGUGUCCGCCGCGAAGACGGACGCGCCGACGCGACCGGAGACGCUCUUCGCCGCGGUGACGACGCUGACGGGCGCGACGACCGUCGUGAACAACCGGGUCGUGUACGGCACCGCGCACGGCGUCGCGGUGCUCGACGGCGGCGGGGGCGUCUUGAAGGAUAAUCUCAUCGCGUCCAACGCGGGCGCGGGCGUGUGCGUCGGGUCCCUCGCGGACCCGCGCCUGGAGGGAAAUCUCGUCGCGGACAACGGCGGGCAAGGCGUCGCGGUGUACAACGGCGGGAGAGGGACGCUGCGCUCGUGCGAGAUUCGAAGCAACGCACAGAACGGGAUCGACGUCACGCUGAACCGGCCCGCGAACCACCCGAGGGAGACGUACAGCGAGCUGCUUCACGGCCCGCACGUGGACUCGUGUCACGUCCACGAUAACGCGAAGCACGGCGUGUGCGCGACGGGGGGCGCGGGCGUGCGCGUGACGCAGUGCGACGUUUUCGAUAACAAGGAGCACGGGAUUUUUCUGACGGACGGCUCCAAGGCGACGAUCGAGCACACGCGUCUGAACGGCGGCGCCGGGCACGCGCUCGUCGUCUCCGGCGCGGGAACCGCGCCGAGUAUUUUCAGCUGCAAGAUUGGCACGCACGGGAAGGCGUCCGUGGUGGUGGAGGACCUCGCGGAGCCGAUGCUUCUCGCGACGGAAAUCGCGGGCGCGUCGGCGGCGGGCGUCUCGUUCGCGUCCGGCGGCGCCGGCGUCGUGCGCGGGUGCAACGUCCAUCGCAACGAAGGCCCGGGCAUCGUGAACGAAUCCUGGGGCUCGCCGACGAUCGAGUGGUCGCACGUGCACGACGGACUCGGCGACGGCGUCGUCUUCGCCGCGGGCGCGAAGGGGACGCUGCGGCACUGCAAGGUGCGCAGAAACAAAGACGCGGGGGUGUGGAUCAAAGCCGGCGCCGCGCCGAGCGUGACGCGCAACCACAUCUCGAAGAACGGCAAAGGCGGCGUGCGCAUCGGCGACACCGGAGAGGGCGCCGUCGAGAUCACGUCGGAUUCGCGGUGGCACGAGCCCACGGAGACGGAGACGGCCGCGCAGAGGCGCGCGCGAAGGCUGGCGCGGUGGAACGGCAGACGCGAAGAGCCGGCGGCGAGCGCGUUGCACGGAGGCGCGUUCGACGAGACGCACGUGGACGCGACGCUCGUCCGCGAGGUGUUCGCGGAGCGUGAUUCGGACGACGAAGACGAAGAGGAGGAGGCGGCGGACGCCCCCGACCCGCCCGCCGGCGCGGAGGAUCACGAGCGAGGCGACAGCGGCUCGGGCCCGGAUGAAAACGGCGACGACGAGGAAGUCUUCUCCUCGGACGAGGACGAGUUCGACGCCGAGGUGGCGUCGAUCGUGUCCGGGUCCGAGCGAGGGAGCCCGGGGGAGGACGCCAUCGGUCGGCGCGGGUUGCGGUAUCGGUGGACGGACGAGGACGAGACGUUUUCGAUUUAA